AUGUCAGCCGCCGGCUUUCGUUUCUUUGAUGUGGCCAGGCCCCUUUGCUUCGCCGCAGCCGCGGCGGCUGCCGCCGCGAGACGGCUGGAGCAGCCGGCACCGGAACCAGGCCGGCAUCGGCGGCAGUGGUUUGUGCCAGGGAUACCAGGCCGUGGUGGCGUUCUUUGGUGCGAGACUGCCAAGAAGGUUGCCAUUGGCAUCGACCUUGGCACGACCUUCUCCUGUGUGGGUGUGUGGAAGGACGGUGGCGUCCAGAUUAUCGAGAACUCGGAGGGCAAGAGGACCACGCCCUCCUUCGUUGCCUUCACCGAGGCCGAACGCCUCGUCGGUGAUGCCGCCAAGGCGCAGGCUGCGCGGAAUCCCGCGAACACGGUCUACGAUGCCAAGCGGCUUAUCGGUCGGAAGUUCCAGGAUGCACCGGUGCAAGCGGAUAUCAAGCACUGGCCUUUCAAGGUCGUUCGAGGGAAAGACGACAAGCCGCUGGUCGAGGUGCAGUUCCAGAGCAAGACCAAGCAGUUCCAUCCGGAGGAGAUCUCAGCCAUCGUCCUCCAAAAGAUGAAGGAGACAGCCGAGGCCUACUUGGGCCAUCCUGUCACCGACGCCGUUGUCACAGUGCCAGCGUACUUCAACGAUUCCCAGAGGCAAGCGACGAAGGAUGCUGGGGCCAUUUGCGGCCUCAAUGUGCUGAGGAUAAUCAACGAGCCCACGGCGGCAGCAUUAGCCUACGGCUUAGAUUCCAGAGAGCGGAGUGCUCGCAAUGUUCUGGUGUACGACAUGGGAGGUGGAACGUUUGAUGUUUCACUUCUCGAAAUCGAGGACGGCGUCUUUGAGGUCAAGGCCACUGCUGGGGACACCCACCUCGGUGGCGAGGACUUCAGCAAUCGCCUUCUGGAGCACUGCAUCAAGGAGUUCGAAAAGAAGAACCGCGGAAAGGAGGUCCGCAAGAAUCAACGGGCCCUUCGGCGACUUCAAGCCGAGUGUGAUGCAGCCAAGAGGACGCUCUCCUCAUCCACACAGGCAUCCAUCGAGGUGGAUUCCCUCUUGGACGGGCUAGACUUCUCCCUGGCAGUGAGCCGGGCGAAGUUCGAGGAGCUGAACCAAGACCUGUUCAAGCGAUCGAUGGAUUCGGUGGAGAAGGUGAUCAGCGAUGCGAAAGUCGAUCGGAAAGCGAUUGACGAGGUAGUGCUGAUCGGGGGCUCCACCAGGAUACCGUACGUCCAGAAGCUGAUCGAGGACUACUUCAGGAAAGAGCCGUGCCGUUCGAUCAACGCGGACGAGGCGGUCGCGUACGGUGCUGCCGUGCAAGCAGCGGUUCUGAGCGGCGUCAAGGGGAAAGAUUCCCCGCUGAAAGACCUCGUGCUUUUGGAUGUGACGCCUCUUUCCUUGGGCCUCGAAACUGCGGGCGGAGUGAUGACAAGGCUCAUUGAGAGGAACUCCACCAUACCCACCAACAAGAAGCAGGUCUUUUCAACCUACUCCGACAACCAGACUGCCGUGACCAUCCAGGUCUAUGAAGGCGAGCGCUCCAUGACAAGGGACAACCGGCUGCUCGGCUCCUUCAACCUGGACAGCAUCCCUCCGGCACCCCGUGGCGUUCCUCAGAUCGAGGUCGCCUUUGACUUGGACUCCAAUGGAAUCCUCAACGUGUCGGCAGCAGACAAGACCACUGGAAAGUCGAACAAGAUCACCAUCACGAAUGAGAAAGGACGCCUCUCCAAAGACGAGAUCGAGCGCAUGGUGAAGGAAGCCGAGAAGUACCGAAGCGAGGACGAAGCCAUUCGGAAGUCCGUGGAGGCCCGCAACGAGCUGGAGAAAUACGCCUAUUCCGUCUCAGGAUCCCUCGAUCGGGAUGACCUGAAAGACAAGUUCACGGAGGAAGAUCGGACGAAGGUCCGGGAAGCCGUGGAGAGCACCACGAAGUGGUUGGAGGAGAACCCCCAGGCAGAGGUGGAGGCUUGCGAGGCCAAGCAGAAGGAGCUCGAGGGCGUGGUGAAUCCGAUCAUGGUGAGGAUCUACGGCGAGGCGGCAAAGGAAGGAGGCGGCGACGCCAAGGACUCCAAGUUCUCGGAGGAGUAG